AAGAGUCGCGCUAUAAGAAGCAACAACCUCUCCUCCUCUCUGCCAUCUGCUCGGCAGCCGCGAAGCAGCAACCGUGCGUGAAUGCAUCUCUAUCCACGCUGGCCAGGCUGGUGUUCAGAUCGGCAAUGCCUGCUGGGAGCUCUAUUGCCUGGAACACGGCUUCCAGCCCGAUGGCCAGAUGCCAAGUGACAAGACCAUUGGGGGAGGAGAUGACUCUUCAACACCUUCUUCAGUGAGACGGGUGCUGGCAAGCAUGUGCCCAGGGCAGUGUUUGUAGACCUGGAACCCACAGUCAUUGAUGAAGUUCGCACUGGCACCUACCGCCAGCUCUUCCAUCCUGAGCAGCUCAUCACAGGCAAGGAAGAUGCUGCCGAUAACUAUGCCUGAGGGCACUACACCGUUGGCAAGGAGAUCAUUGGCCUUGUCUUGGACUGAAUUCAAAACUGGCCGACCAGUGCAUGGGUCUUCAGGGCUUCUUGUUUUUCCACAGCUUUGGAGGGGGAACUGGUUCCGGGUUCACCUCCCUGCUGAUGGAACGUUUCUUUGUCGAUUAUGGCAAGAAGUCCAAGCUGGAGUUCUCCAUUUACCCAGCUCCCCAGGUUUCCACUGUAGUUGAGCCCUACAACUCCAUCCUCACUACCCACACCACCCUGGAGCACUCUGAUUGUGCCUUCAUGGUAGAUAAUGAGGCCAUCUAUGACAUCUGUCGUAGACACCUCGAUAUUGAACGUCCAACCUACACUAACCUAAAUAGGUUGAUAGGUCAAAUUGUGUCUUCCAUCACUGCUUCCCUCAGAUUUGAUGGAGCCCUGAAUGUUGAUUUGACAGAAUUCCAGACCAACCUGGUGCCCUAUCCCUGCAUCCACUUCCCUCUGGCCACAUAUGCCCCUGUCAUCUCUGCUGAGAAAGCCAACCAUGAACAGCUUUCUGUAGCAGAGAUCACCAAUGCAUCCUUUGAGCAGAUCGGAGGAGCGAGGCGCCGCGGCCUGAGUGAGAAUCAAUGAAAAGAACAUGACUUUUGGAGGCAGAAGACUUAGUUUCACAUCCCUACUUCACUUCCUAAUUUUGUGAUUUGG